ACCUUCUUCACUCCUUACUGCAACUAAAUCACCCAGCUCGCUUACAUUGAAUUACUGUUCCGCCUCCGUAGAGCUGGACUUGGAAUCUCUGGUGAAACAACAACAACAAUGUUUGGAGUUUUGUUUCCUAAUCGAAGCUUCCCCAUGGAUAUCUCCACCUUCGCCCAAAUCGAUACUUUCCACUGGGUCCUGGACAUGAACACCUUCGUUGGAGAAGGGUAUGAUCAGGUUAGAGAGAUGUGUAUCUUCUUGCUUAAUGGCUUCUCUCUUCCACCGGACAAAGCCCUCGCGGUUUAUAUACAGUCCCCUGGCUCUCCCUUCGUCUUCAGCGGUGCUAUCUCUAUCGCUCGACCCUCUGCAGUGCUAACCCUUCAAUGGCCGGAGCCCGGUGGCCAGAUGCAGCUCACUUCUUCGGAUUCCGCCCCUCUCUCCGCCAAGAUUGGUGUCUCUGUUGAGGACCUCGCGUCGUUGCCUUCCCUUGAUGUUACUGCCCAGAAAAGAAUCGAACACUUGGCGCUCAAAGUUGGGGAGAAUCUUUUCAACUUCAUGCAGUCCUUCUGUAGCGUCGAUGGUAGCAGACUUGUGGUUCCUAUGGAUAUACUGGAUCGGUGGUUCAAGAAGUUUCAAGAGAAGGCCACCAAGGAUCCCGAGUACUUGAAGGGUUUCGUGUUAUAAGUCC